GCUCUGUGCGUCACCAGCUGUCUAACUGAUGGAUUUCAUCUAGUAAUGGAUGCUUACAUCAGCUUGCAGAGGCUCUGACAGAGAGAGGGGGGAUCUGGCGAGUGUGGAAGGUGCAGAUAUGGUGAGGGACAGGAUGAUGACCGAGUUGCAAACUUUCCAGCACUCUCUCCAGGGUAAUUCCCUGGCUUUGGGCCACAUGGAGCAGAGCUGUGUACAAACUCCGGCGAAUGAGAUCCCCUCUGAGGAGAGACGGCACCUUUCUGGGGCCACAUCAGAUUUGGAAAAAAGCCAACCAGUGAACAUCCCAGACACAGCUAAAAGGAAGAAGAAGAAAAGAACUAGGGCAACAGACAGCUCUACAGGCUCUUUUGAUGAUCUUUACAAGCUAACAGAUGAAGUGCUUGGUCAGGGAGCGUAUGCCAAAGUUCAAGGAUGUAUCGGCUUGCAGAAUGGACAGGAGUUUGCUGUGAAGAUCAUUGAAAAAAGUGCGGGGCACAGCCGCAGCAGAGUCUUUCGAGAAGUGGAGACACUCUACCAGUGUCAAGGAAACAAGAAUAUUUUGGAGUUGAUCCAGUUCUUUGAAGACAGCUCAUGCUUUUAUUUAGUAUUUGAAAAGCUACGUGGAGGCUCCAUUUUGACACACAUCCAGAACAGAAAGCACUUUGAUGAGCUUGAGGCCAGUAAAGUGGUCAGGGAUAUUGCCCAAGCACUUGACUUCUUGCACACUAAAGGAAUUGCUCAUCGAGACCUUAAGCUGGAGAACAUCCUUUGUGAAUACAAGGAUCAGGUGUCGCCAGUGAAGAUUUGUGAUUUUGACUUGGGAAGUGGAGUGAAGCUUAGUAGUGCCUGUACCCCCAUAACAACACCAGAACUCACCACACCGUGUGGCUCAGCUGAGUACAUGGCUCCAGAAGUCGUGGAAGUGUUCACUGAUGAGGCCUCCUUCUAUGACAAGCGUUGUGACCUUUGGAGCCUUGGAGUCAUCCUCUACAUCCUGCUGAGUGGCAGUCCUCCCUUCACAGGUCACUGCGGCACAGACUGUGGCUGGGAUCGGGGAGAAACCUGCAGAACCUGUCAGAGAAACCUGUUUGAGAGCAUCCAACAGGGCAAGUAUGAGUUUCCAGACAAGGACUGGUCUCACAUCACAGCAGGAGCCAAGGACCUCAUAUCCAAACUGCUGGUACGGGACGCCACACUUCGCCUCAGUGCUGCUCAGGUUCUAAAGCACCCAUGGGUGCAGGGGAACGCCCCAGAGAGAGGUCUUCCAACUCCUCAUGUUCUACAGAGGAACAGUAGCACCAAAGACCUGACUCAGUUUGCAGCGGAAGCCAUUGCCUUUAACCGCCAGCUAUCGCAGCACGACGAGCAGCAGGAGGACGUCGCAGUUAUCGUCUGCUCCAUGAGGCUUUCCCCACCUUCCAACUCCAGACUAGCUCGCAGACGCGCACAAUCCAAUUCCAUGCGCAACAGUGACUUUGCCCCUGCUUCAGACGACCUUGCAGCCUGAAGUCCGACAGUCAUUCUCAGACUGAUUUGAGCCUCCGCCUGCUCCCUGUGUGUGUUUUUUGUUUUAUAGGGAGCUUUGUAAAAUGAGCCAUUAGAAGUGAUUAUCUAUUCCUGGUGUUAAAGCUCUUCUCCUUAGCCAGUAAUCUUGGCACUUAGAGCAUGAGCACUAAGGGGACAGAUAAUAAUCCUUGGAGAUGGUUGAAACUCCAGAGGUUUGUUCAGGUGUGUUUUUUAAGUUGCCUGUUUUCAGCUUUAGGUUUUAAAAAUGUGUUUAUUUAAGUUUACCUCCUGAACAGCAAACCGCUUUAUUACAAUAGCCAUUGCAUAAGUUCAGUACAAUUACACAGCUAUUGCUGUCCUAAUGCAAUGUCUUACAUAGCAAAUAAUAGGGGUUAUUUUUUUUCUUGUUGUCCAACAGUGAAUUAUUAAUAUGUAAUUGAAAUGCUGCUUAUUGUUUCUUACUUUACUUUAAGAAAAUUUUUAUUUUUUUAAGCCUGUAUGUCUAUGUGGUCUGAUAUGUGUAUGUGUGUGUGUGUGUGUGUGUGGAUGUAUGAGGUUUAGAUGAUAAAACAAAACUGAAACACUUAAGAAGUGCGUACAGGAAGUGCAUGAGUCUGAACAGAUGAAUAAUUUUAGUGGAGACUCACUGAUCAGAGUGUUUUUAUAUUUUUACUCUUAAGCUUACGCACCAACACAAGCUACCUGUAGCACUAAUGUACUUUAGAAGAAGGUCACCCAUCUUGUCCAAAGGGAGUACAAAUAAAUCGGUUUCAUCCAAAAGUGUGAAUUCAUCACCUUUUUAUUAAAUGUUUAUCGUUUUAAGGACUUUUAAAGUCCAACAUUACUGUAGACUCUUAAUUUGCACCAUGUCUUACUUAUUAUUAGCAUGUUUGUUGUGAAAACUGCAAAAUCUGCAAAAUCAUCCCAAAAAUACUGAGUUUCUUAUUGUGCAUCUUAAUAAUUAUCUUAAAUGUGAGGAUGUAUUGUAUUAUGGGUUGUAUGUGCAGUACAGUAGCCAGGUGGAAUUAUAAUGGUUAUUUGAAGUCGAUGAGGGUGGAUGUGACUGUGAGAUCUAUUCCAUGGUGGUGUUGAAAGUAUUUCUUUUUGUAAAUCAUUGUAGUAUUUGUAUACUGUUCAGUUUUGGAUUUUGGAUUCUGUGAGUGUGUCUACUGAAUGAAUGGUGAACUAAGCAAGACUUCUCCAUCAACUUAUUUAUUUAUGUAUUUUUUUUGCUUUUGAUCAUUUUUUUUAAAGGCAUACUUUUUUCUUAAAUGGUUUAUUAAUUUAGGACCCAACCUUUAUCCCCAGACUGUUACUUUGUUGCCUGUUUAAUAACAUUUCCCCAGAUUUCACACUGUUGCCAUGGACACCCAAUCACUAUAGCAACUAAGGGCCUUCAUAGGCUGGCAGGGAUUGACAGAGAUGUGCACAGAGCAAAUACACACAUUAUGAAACAACCCCUUGCCACAUUAAACCCCUAUUACUCUCGCCAUGAAUCGUGAAGGGAAUGUGUUUGUUUCUCCCACAUCAACUUGUAAUGACCCUGAAUGAGAUACAGUAGUCUAAUUGGUUUGUAAUUAUGAGGUCCCACUGUUAUUUGUCAAAUCUCUUGCGGGGUCUUAUGCAGAAAGCUCUCACUGCAGAGCAGAUUUUCACUUGUGUGCUCAAUAAAAAAAAAAGAUCUUUAACAUUC